CUUUCAAACUUUUAAACAUGGCUUCACGAAGCUUUAACCCUCAUCCCGAGCUAUCUCCGUUAUGCCAGAGAUUAUGGGAUGCUGAUGAAAAUCGUCUUGAACCAGGAAUUGAUUACAAAAUUGAUCCACAAGGCAGAACCCACUACCAUUCACGCGAUGAGCGUGCCAGGGAUCCUCUCUUUACUUUUGUUAAACCAGAAGUUUUCCAGCGUAUCACAUUUAAGAGAUUCAUAGCUUUACUGGACAACUAUGAAAGUGAAGGUGGACAGGGAGAAGUAGUAACAGAACAUGAAAUUAAAGAAAACCAGUGUUUCAUUGAUGCUAUUAUGGAAACUAAGCCAAUGAAAAUUGCCCAUGAAUUCUUGGCUUCCAAGAAUCUCAUGCCAAAAGAUAGAGGACAAUUUAAAAGGCAGCUUUACAAGAUUUGGUUUCAGUUGUUCCGAAGAACAAAGGGAGUAAGGGAAUUAGACUCUUCUGGAUUUGAGCAUGUCUUUGUGGGUGAGACGAGAAACAAGGCAGAGGUGAUUGGAUUCCACAACUGGAUACAGUUCUACUUACAAGAGAAACGAGGCUUUGUUGACUACAAAGGGUUUUUCCCCAGUCGGAGGAAGCGACACGUUAGCAGUGAAGAGCAGAGUAAAAACCAGCUAAUCACAAUUCAGUUUAAUUGGAAGGGUGAUGUGAAGCCAAUUGGCAGUAGUUUCAUUGGCACCAGUCCUGAAUUCGAGAUGGCAUUGUACACUGUCUGUUACUUAGCAGGAGAAGGAAAAGAUGUGCAAGUGGAGAUUGAUGAUUAUGAUGUUACCAUCAAAGCACAUCACAUGGGACCAUAUAUGGGAAGCUGUUAUCCACAAUGUUGACAAUACUGACACUUGCAUUACUUGGUUGCUAUGAAUUUAAUCAAUUUGAAAUAAGUGUAUCAAAAAAUUGUGGCACAAUAUUCAAUGUUCAACAAUUCUGUUACAAAUAAUAAUUGUGGGAAAAUUUUAAGGGUCUAAUUUUAUAGCAAUUGUAACAAUCUAUAAUAUAUUCCAAGAAUUUUAUUAAAGCAAUUCAGUGGCAUAUUAUUUUUAACAAACUGUACUUGUAAAUCACCUUUUGAUGGUAAAAUAACUAGGAGUACAAAUGUAGAGCGUGUUUCUAUAUCUUUCAUUUGUAUUUGGUAUCCAGGAGAUAAGGUAUUAAACAAAAAACUUAAUACA